AUGGAAGAAGGUCGCGCACGAGGGCAUCACCGCGGAUGGAGCGACGAGUCCUACGAGAAAGACGGACUUCUGCCGCAGCCAAAGAAGAAAUGGACCAAGAAAAAGAAGUGGUGGAUCAUUGGGGGCAUCAGCCUCGUCUUGUUAAUUAUUAUCAUCGCCGUCGCUGUGGCGGUGAGCCAGAAGAAGAAGGGAGGAGGAGGCGGCGGAGGCAACGACACUUCGUCCUCGUCAUCGCUGAGCGGCCAAGAUCGAAAUUCUAUACCGGAAAAAUGGCGCAACACGUAUCUGGAUCCAUGGACAUGGGCUUCCACUACCGAUUUCAACGUCACUUUCACCGACGAGAUGGUUGGCGACCUACCAGUAAUGGGUUUAUACUCGAAGUGGGACGACUCGGCACAGGCAAACGGCAAGGUACCGGCACUGAACAAGGCGUGGGGAAAGUACACCGAUUUGCCCGCGCGCGGCGUGAACUUGGGAGGAUGGCUGUCGCUAGAGCCCUGGAUCACACCCUCAUUGUUCGACUACCCGCUCAGUAUGGGCAUCAUUGACGAAUGGACGCUGGUGACGCAUUUGGGCGACUCGGCGGCGUCGACACUGGAGAAGCACUAUUCAACAUUUGUCACCGAGGACACAUUCAAAGCGAUCGCCGCCGCAGGCUUGGAUCAUGUGCGCAUCCCGUUCUCAUACUGGGCCGUCACCACGUACGACGGAGACCCAUACUUGUUUCGUACAUCUUGGAGGUACUUGCUGCGCGGUAUCGAAUGGGCACGAAAGUAUGGUCUGCGUAUCAACCUCGAUCUUCAUGGGCUUCCAGGCAGCCAGAAUGGAUGGAACCACAGUGGACGCUGGGGGACCAUCGGGUGGCUGAACGGCACAGAUGGCGAUACAAACGCCCAGCGGUCGGUGGAUGUCCACGACCGACUAUCCAAAUUCUUUGGCCAAGACCGCUAUAAGAAUAUUAUCAGUCAUUAUGGACUGGCCAAUGAACCACGAAUGGUCUUGCUGGAUGCCUCAAAGGUGAUCAGUUGGACGGAGAACCUUUACAAGCUGAUACGCAAGAAUGGUGUCGGAGGCAUUGUGGUAUUCGGUGACGGCUUCAUGGGCCUCGAAAACUGGCAGGGCAAAAUGACUGGCUAUGACGAUAUGGCGCUCGACGUUCAUCAAUAUGUCAUUUUCAACGAAAAUCAAAUCGACUUUUCGCACCAAAAGAAGGUUCAGUAUGCCUGCGACGGGUGGACCAAGCAGACACAGCAGAGCAUGGACACCAGCACAGGCUAUGGCCCGACAUUAUUCGCAGAGUGGUCUCAGGCCGAUACCGAUUGCGCCAAGCACCUCACAAACGUCGGAUGGGGCAAUCGAUGGGAAGGCACUCUAGACACGGGAGACCCCAAGACGUCUAUCCUAACGCCGAGAUGCCCGACGAAGAAUAAGCAGUGCUCCUGUGCCCAAGCCAAUUCGGACCCCAGCAAGUGGAGCUCCGACUAUAAACAGUUUCUGAAAAUGUUUGCAGAGGCGCAGAUGCACAGUUUCGAAAAGGGCUGGGGCUGGUGGUACUGGACGUGGAAGACCGAGAGCGCGCCGCAGUGGUCCUACGAGGCCGGCCUCAAGGCCGGUAUCCUUCCGGAUAAGGCGUAUUCUCGGGAUUUUAACUGCGAUUCGGACGUGCCGGACUUUGCAAAGAAUGGCCUGCCAGAGUACUAUUAA